ACCACAGCCUGCCUUGGAUAGUCCUCCAGUUCCUUUGGGAUUCUCUUCUACCGCUCCAUGGCGACCUGGGCUGUGCUGCCCACUGUGAGCUCUGGCGUUCACCGCCGUCCUCACCGCGCGGUGCCCGUCCUCGCGCGCACCGCGCGGUGGUCACCGCCGUCCUCGCCGUGUCCGCGCAGCGCGCGGAGCAAAGGCCUUGCCCUCUUCGCGGGUCUUGCCACCUACUCGGCAGAGGCGCAGCGCAGCCGCUUGGGAGGUGCUGCAGGGCCUGCAAUUCCAUGGCCAGAUGUGCGGCUGUGGGUUCAGAAGCUUCCAGAUGGCACUGCACGGGUGUCGCGGUCGCGGAGUGCCGACGCCUUCCUGGCCUUUGACGCUUAUUCCCAGCCCAUGCCCGGCACUCGGGAAGUGCGGCUCGGAGACCUGCGCUUCUUUGCCUUCGUUGGCCCUCGCUUGGGCGCCGAACACCUGGUGAUUUGGCGCACCACGGCGGAUGUCCAAGCCAAGGCAGAGGAGUACCAGGCCGCGGCGGCUGCGAGGACGGCUAGCAGUGACGCAGACGCAGCGGGCGCUGACCUGGAGUUGCUGCAGGACGCACGCAUCCGGCUCACCAAGUGCUCGGACAAGGCACAGCUCACGGCGGCGGUGUGGCGUUGGGAAAAGCUGGAUGAACGAGAUCCACACCGAUACUGGGAGGUGGGCGAGGAUGCCUGGAUGUACUGGGAAAGCUUCUGGGCCCCAUCCGAGGACGCCGCGCUGGCGCUGGAGGGCCCGGCCUUCGGUGACCGGGCUGGUGCCAUGCUGCAGCCCACCUUGCCAGCCUCGACCCUCUUGGUGUCCCCCGCGAAGUCCUCCAGCAUCUUGAGUCAGGACCUGCCGGGCGGAGACGAACAAGAUCGGAUUGCAAGGGCGGCGAUGAAGGACAAAGCCUACUCCAUCGUCUACGAAUACAACGUCUGGGGAAGCGAUGUCUCCCGCUCUGGCACGGGCUCGGACCUCUGGAGCCCCGAAGCCCGUCUGGCAGUGACCGCCUUGGAGGCCGUGGUGGAUGCCUUCGAGAUCCGCAGCAUGUUGGACUGCGCCUGUGGCGAUGCCACCUGGAUGGUGCCGUUCUUCGUGGCACGGCACCCGGAGAUCGACUACACCGGUGUGGACGUGGUGUCGGAGGUGGUCGAGCAGAACCGCCAACGGCAUCCCGCGGUGAAGUUCCUAGCGCAGGACCUCUCAGAGCUGCCGCUGCCCAGGGGUGCCCAGUUGAUCUUCUCCAAGGAGACGGUGAACCACAUGCACCUUGAGGAUGCGUUGCGCGCGAUCCAGCGCUUUGCCCAGACGGGUGCCCGCUAUUUGCUCACCAACGUACAUGAAGGCGUGGACAACUUCGUGGGCGCCCAGAAGACUUGUCACACGACCUACAUCAAGUACGACUAUGAGCUUCCGCCCUUCUCACUGCCGAAGGUGGUUCGAGUCAUCGAGUAUCAGGGCUUAGAGACGUCUUACACGCUCUUCAAGCUGAACUCUGAGUAGAGCUCCGCUGGUGAGGAGUCAGCAGGAGCCUGGUGUCGUGGCGACAUCAGCAUUUGAUUUUGCUGGUACCGACUCAGGCCUUGAGAGGCUCCAUGGCCUUCUGCCGCGGCCCAGCUCGGUCGACGAGCUGCAGGCGUGACUAGGCGAAGGUGUUGGAGCAGAGUCGGCGCUGGUGAUUCCUUUUGCAAGGAAUUGUCACGCCGUGGAUAAGGCUUCCAGAUGAGAGCGGCAUGACGCUGAGGCGCCGGUCUGGGCUCCACCAGGUCAGAUGCAGCCUCGUCCCGUCAGGUGCUUCGGCGCAUCUAGCACGCUGGUGCCUGCUGGACGGCGGUGAAGUGGGACGGACCCGCCGGGGAGAGGAGUGUCCGGGGUCCCCGGAGGCGACCGGUCACCGGAUGUCACCCGACGGUGGUGCGAGGUCGAUGCUCCGGUCGCACCACCCUGGCCGCGCCAAAAACGAACCCUGCGGCCGCGGCUGUUUCACUCGCUCCC